GUCUGAUAAGCUGUCAGUGGGAGUGUUUACGUUUUAAUUGUAUAUUUCAGUUAGUUUUCACUCUCUCCUGUUUUGGGACCGAGGGUUUGUAGCUCCGUAAUCGGAUUGUUUGUCGAGGGUAUAUGCUCGCCUAUAUAUAUACCUCCACUCGAAAGUGUUAGCAUCAAAAUUGCAUUGUUAAGAUUAGUAGAAAGAAAGAUUUUCGUGCGCACCUUAAUCAUAAAGCCGUGUAAUUUAAUUAACUGAAGGAAUUAACUAAGGUGACUUCAUUGCACACACACAUACACACAAACCGCUACAUACAUAUGUACACCUCAUAAUAUCCCUAUAUACGUAUGUGCACGAACAAAGAAAACAUUUUUAUUGGUUCGGCGCAUUACUAAUGUUUACAAUUAACGAUUUCUGUGAAAGUGAUAGUAUACUUAUAUUGCGUGCCCUUCAAUGCGGCUACUGUUCGCUGUCCGUAUUCCCAUAUCUUCGCUACAAGAUUGCUUUAUUCCGUGACAUCCGCUUAGCUACAUAUCCAAAUAGCGCAAAAUAAAUAUAUAAAUAAAACAUCGUGAAUGGACCAGCACAGAAUAUUUCAAUCCGCUGAUCAUAUCCCAUUCCCGAUGCCAUUUACCAAAUGCGACUGACCACCAGCCAAAUUUGCAUGUGGCGAAGGGAAAAAAGGCAAUCGAAGCGGUUGUGUCGAUUUCCCAAGAAGUUGUACAUAGUACGUAGCGAGCGAGCAUAAUGGAAUUUCCCCCUCCAUAAAAUCAGACAACUAGUUGCAUCAUCACUUUCUCAGUAGUCGUUUAGUAUUGUAGAUACAUAUAACGAAAGCCAGUUAACGACAAUGCGUUUUAGCGCGAAAUUUAACGUAUCAAUGUCAAAGACCAAACCCGACUUAUGUAUGUAGCUCCAUGCCCAGCUACCUUGUUAACCUAGCUAGUCGGUAUCAAAUGGUCUCAGUGUUCGUGGAUUCACUCUAUAUUGACCAUUGGGUCACAAUUCUUGAACUGCUCUUAAUGGAUCACGAGUUUUUUGGAUAUUAAAACGCAUUUUGUGUCAAUUAGCACACAAAUCAUAGGUAUAUGCGAUUGUGAUAGAAUGAGUCCAAGAUCCCCGCUCAGGAUAUCUCCAUUUGGAGUACACAUCCUCAUCGCUGCUGUGCUCUUUACGCUAAUUCAAUCAUCGAAACAGGACUGCGUUUGGUAUGGCGUGUGCAACACCAAUGACUUUUCGCACAGCCAAAACUGUCCGUACAAUGGAACAGCGAAGGAAAUGGCAACUGACGGUCUGGAGCUGCUGAAGAAACGCUGUGGAUUUCUGCUGGAGAAUAGCGAAAACAAAUUUUGCUGCGAUAAGAAUCAGGUGGAGCUCCUUAAUAAGAAUGUGGAGCUGGCCGGAAAUAUCUUGGAUCGAUGUCCAUCCUGCAUGGAGAACUUGGUGCGGCACAUCUGCCAAUUCACCUGUUCACCAAAGCAGGCUGAGUUCAUGCAUGUGGUGGCCACGCAGAAAAAUAAGAAAGGUGAUGAGUACAUAAGUUCUGUUGACUUGCAUAUAUCAACGGAAUACAUCAACAAGACUUAUAAAUCGUGCUCUCAGGUUUCUGUACCGCAAACGGGUCAAUUAGCUUUUGAUUUAAUGUGCGGCGCUUACUCAGCAUCUCGCUGCAAUCCUACAAAAUGGUUCAACUUUAUGGGCGAUGCCACCAAUCCAUAUGUUCCUUUUCAAAUUACCUAUAUUCAACAUGAGCCCAAAUCAAAUAGCAAUAACUUUACGCCCCUCAAUGUAACGACCGUUCCUUGCAACCAAGCAGUUAGCAGCAAACUACCUGCGUGCUCCUGCUCGGACUGCGACCUAUCCUGUCCCCAGGGACCGCCGGAACCGCCCCGUCCAGAGCCCUUCAAAAUUGUUGGACUCGACGCCUAUUUCGUCAUCAUGGCAGCUGUCUUCUUGGUGGGAGUCUUAGUAUUCUUAAUGGGCUCGUUUCUGUUUACACAAGAUGACAACUUUCAAGUGGAUGGCAAUGAUGUUUCCGAUGAAAUGCCCUACAGCGAGAAUGAUUCAUACUUUGAAAAACUUGGCGCCCACACAGAAACUUUCCUGGAAACAUUCUUCACCAAAUGGGGAACGUACUUUGCUAGCAAUCCUGGCUUGACUUUAAUUGCCGGAGCAUCCCUGGUUGUUAUACUGGGGUAUGGCAUCAACUUUAUAGAAAUCACAACGGAUCCGGUUAAACUUUGGGCUUCGCCGAACUCAAAAUCCAGACUGGAGAGAGAGUUUUUCGAUACGAAGUUUUCGCCAUUCUAUAGGCUGGAACAGAUAAUCAUCAAAGCUGUGAACUUGCCACAGAUUGUGCACAACACCUCGAACGGCCCAUACACCUUCGGUCCCGUCUUCGACAGAGAAUUUCUAACAAAAGUGUUGGAUCUGCAGGAGGGCAUCAAGGAAAUUAACGCAAAUGGCACACAGCUGAAGGAUAUAUGCUACGCGCCUUUGUCGGAUGAUGGCAGUGAAAUCGAUGUGUCCCAGUGCGUUGUCCAAUCGAUUUGGGGAUACUUUGGCGAUGAUCGAGAAAGAUUGGAUGACCACGACGAGGACAAUGGAUUCAAUGUUACCUAUUUGGAUGCCUUAUACGAUUGCAUUAGCAAUCCCUAUUUAUGCCUAGCUCCUUAUGGCGGUCCCGUAGAUCCAGCCAUAGCACUUGGAGGAUUCCUGCCACCUGGAGACCAACUGACUGGCAGCACGAAAUUUGAGUUGGCCAAUGCGAUCAUUCUGACAUUCCUGGUCAAGAAUCAUCAUAACAAAACCGAUUUGGAAAAUGCCUUAACGUGGGAGAAGAAAUUCGUGGAGUUUAUGACCAACUAUACGAAGAACAAUAUGUCGCAGUACAUGGACAUAGCCUUCACAUCGGAGAGAUCGAUAGAAGACGAGCUCAACAGGGAGUCCCAGUCGGAUGUGCUGACUAUUUUGGUGUCCUACCUAAUUAUGUUCAUGUACAUAGCGAUUUCGCUUGGCCAUGUCAAGGAGUUCAAGCGAGUGUUUAUCGACAGUAAGAUAACGCUUGGCAUAGGCGGUGUCAUCAUUGUUUUGGCCUCGGUAGUGUCGUCCGUUGGCGUUUUCGGUUACAUCGGUUUGCCGGCCACCCUGAUCAUUGUCGAGGUCAUACCGUUUUUAGUAUUAGCUGUCGGAGUGGAUAACAUUUUUAUUCUGGUCCAAACUCAUCAGCGCGAUCAACGCAAACCCAAUGAAACGCUUGAGCAGCAAGUUGGUCGAAUACUCGGCAAGGUUGGACCCAGUAUGCUGCUCACCUCGUUGAGUGAAAGCUUUUGCUUCUUUCUCGGUGGCCUUUCUGAUAUGCCAGCCGUAAGGGCUUUUGCCCUAUACGCCGGCGUAGCCCUCAUCAUUGAUUUUCUAUUGCAAAUAACCUGUUUCGUUAGCCUAUUUACGUUGGAUACGAAGCGCAGGGAGGAGAAUCGUAUGGACAUUUGUUGUUUCAUCAAGGGCAAGAAGCCGGAUAGUAUAACUAGUAAUGAGGGACUCUUGUACAAAUUUUUCAGUAGUGUUUACGUCCCAUUUCUGAUGAAGAAAAUUGUGCGCGCCAGUGUGAUGGUCAUCUUUUUUGCCUGGCUGUGCUUCAGCAUUGCCAUUGCGCCACGAAUCGACAUUGGGCUGGAUCAAGAGUUGGCUAUGCCGCAGGAUAGUUUCGUCUUGCACUAUUUCCAAUCGUUGAACGAGAAUCUCAACAUUGGUCCACCAGUGUACUUUGUGCUGAAGGGCGAUCUAGCCUAUACGAAUAGUUCGGAUCAGAAUUUGGUGUGUGCAGGUCAAUAUUGCAACGAUGACAGCGUACUCACGCAGAUCUACUUAGCCAGUAGGCACUCUAACCAAACGUAUAUCGCGCGUCCAGCAUCCAGUUGGAUCGAUGACUACUUCGAUUGGGCGGCAGCAGCAUCAUCCUGUUGCAAAUAUAGAAAGGAUAGCGGCGACUUUUGUCCGCAUCAGGAUACUUCCUGUUUGAGGUGUAAUAUCACGAAGAAUUCACUUCUUAGGCCGGAGGAAAAGGAGUUUGUUAAGUAUUUGCCAUUUUUCCUGAAGGACAAUCCCGAUGACACGUGCGCCAAGGCCGGUCAUGCCGCCUAUGGCGGAGCUGUUCGGUAUUCCAACAGCCAUGAAAGACUGAACAUCGAGGCGUCGUAUUUUAUGGCAUACCACACCAUACUUAAGUCCUCGGCCGACUACUUUCUGGCCCUAGAGUCGGCUAGAAAGAUAUCCGCGAAUAUUACGCAAAUGUUGCAGGGCAGACUAAUGUCAAAUGGAGUUCCUAUGGCAUCGGCCCUUACGGUCGAAGUGUUUCCAUAUUCAGUAUUCUAUGUGUUUUACGAACAAUAUCUGACCAUGUGGUCGGAUACGCUACAGAGCAUGGGUAUUUCAGUUCUUUCCAUAUUCGUUGUUACAUUUGUUUUGAUGGGCUUCGAUGUUCAUUCCGCAUUAGUUGUUGUCAUAACGAUAACUAUGAUUGUUGUUAAUUUAGGUGGCCUUAUGUAUUAUUGGAACAUUUCGUUGAAUGCUGUUUCGUUGGUGAAUCUCGUCAUGGCCGUCGGCAUAUCCGUGGAAUUUUGUUCGCACUUGGUGCACAGCUUCGCCACAUCGAAAUCAGUUAGUCAAAUUGAUCGAGCUGCAGAUAGCCUUUCCAAAAUGGGUAGCUCCAUUUUCUCCGGAAUCACUUUAACCAAAUUUGCGGGCAUACUAGUGUUAGCCUUUGCAAAAAGUCAGAUAUUCCAGGUGUUUUAUUUCCGUAUGUACUUGGGAAUCGUUGUAAUUGGGGCGGCGCACGGGUUGAUCUUUCUGCCCGUUCUAUUAAGUUAUAUUGGGGCUCCUGUAAGUAAUGCUAGAUUAAGGUAUCAUAGCCAGGCGGCUGCUGAGCACGAGACAGCACUAGCGGGAAUACUAUAAAUCAAUCCCAUAGUUGUAUUGUAAUAAUCUCAAAAAAUAUUUUAAAUGUUAACUGGUUAAGGUAAUAAAUAAUAACAAAUG